GAUAAGUAAAGAGACGCGUCCUCCAUCGAUUCACACCACUCUUGCUUUCAAACCAUCAUGGCCAGAGGCGGUUUCAAGGUCAAGCGUGGAGGAGGACGAAACUUAAGCAAAAACCUUACCCUUGAUGAGAACGGCACUGCGGUAGCAACUGACAGAUGGGCUGCUCGAGACAAGCGCGAGAUUGACGAGGAGGAAUCUGAGGAAGAAGAGUCCGAGGAGUCGUCUGAAGAGGAACCUGAUGAGGCGCCCGCCGGCGGUGCCAGCCAGCAGCCCGAGCUCUCGCGUGCAGAGAGAAAGGAACUCAAGAAGAAGAAGGCGCAGGCGAAACAACAGCAGAACGCCGAAGAUGAGGAGGAGGAAGAUCCGCUCUUUGUAAACCCCAACACUGCUGCAGGCAAGAAGAUGAACAUUUCCGACCUUUCUGCUCCACGAGAGCUUACUCGUCGUGAGAGGGAAGAGAAGGAGAAGAAGGAUGCAAAGGAACGCUACUGGAAGCUCCACGAGCAAGGACAGACGGAACAGGCCAAGAUUGACCUUGCCCGUCUUGCGAAGAUUCGUGCUGAGCGCGAAGCUGCACAGGCGAAGCGGAAGGCGGAAGCCGAGGCCAAGACAGCAGAAUUGGAGGCCAAGAAGAAAGAGGCCGCGGCAAAGGGCAGACGUAUCUAACGAAGACGAAGACUGCUGUAUUCUAUCGACGUUGUAUCCUGCAGAUUCAGCCAUUGUUGUAUCACAAUUGCAAUUUGGAAAGCCUCAUAAUGACCUAGAGCCAUAUUCGGAGCACCUAGACAAGCUCAGAUAUAUCAGGUCAUGUCCGACAUGGUGCAUCGACAGCACAAGGGUCACAAGGCGCGACCGACUUCGAAAAUGUUUUCUAAUCCUAUACAACCUUACGGACGCCCGUACUGGGGUCUGGAUAUAGACAGUUCCCUGAAGCGCUUGAGCCGUUGAAUAUGCAUGCCGAUAUGCUCAUCAGUGGG